UGAAUAAUAAUAUGAAUAUUGGUCUAAAUAAUCAUCAAAAUAAUACAAUAAUAAUGAGUCAAUCAUCAACAUUAUCAUCAUCAUAUCAACAUCAUUUAGCAUCACAGGUAAAUAGUUUAAAUAAUAUGAUUGCAACAAAUUAUUCAACAUCAACAUCAUCAACACCGGUAUCAUCAUCAUCAGCGACAUCAUCGACAACAACAGCAUCAACAAAUAGCCAACAAAUAUUUGUGCCAAAUACAUCAAUGUUACAUCAAACAUCGAAUGGUAUUAUUGGUGGUGGUGGUAUUGGUGGUACAUUAAUUGGUUUAGCUGCCGCAUCAAUUUCCGCCUCAGCAUCAUGUUUGAAUAAUAAUAAUUUAUCAGCAACAGCAACACCAUCAUCAUCCGCAUCAUCAGCAUCAUCAUCAUCAUCAAAUGAUAAUAAUGGUGGUGGUGGUGGUGCAAUAGCAUCAAAUUCAGAUGGACCUUGUUUAUCACCAGCAAUACCAAACAGUAAUAAUCAUCAACAACCAUUAUCACCAUUAUCAGCAACAUCAGCACAAAAUAAUGGUAAUCAUCAUUCAACAUCACCAUGUUUAACAGCAACAGCAGCAUCAGCAACAAAUAUUAUAACAGGAUCAUCAUUAGGACGUUUAGUACAACAACAGCAUCAUCAUAUUGGAACUAAUAUUGGUCAUACAACACAAUUAAAUAAUACUAAUGAUUAUUCAUCACCACCAUUAUCAAAUAAUAAUCAAAAUAAUCAGAAUAAUAGCUCAAUGGAUUCAUCAUCAAGUACAAAUGCAUUAUUACAACGUGCUAGAGCUGAUAAAACAUAUCGUCGUAGUUAUACACAUGCAAAACCACCAUAUUCAUAUAUAUCAUUAAUAACAAUGGCUAUACAAAAUUGUCCAAAUAAAAUGUUAACAUUAAGUGAAAUUUAUCAAUUCAUUAUGGAUCUAUUUCCAUAUUAUCGUCAAAAUCAACAACGUUGGCAAAAUUCUAUUAGACAUUCAUUAAGUUUUAAUGAUUGUUUUCUAAAAGUACCACGUACACCAGAUAAACCUGGUAAAGGAAGUUUUUGGACUCUUCAUCCUGAAUCGGGUAAUAUGUUUGAAAAUGGUUGUUAUUUACGAAGACAAAAACGUUUUAAAUGUGACAAAAAAGAUGGUUCAACAACAUCAUCAUCAUCACAAACAUCAUCAUCAACACAUAAUCAUCGACAUCAUCAUCAUCAUCAUAAAAAUACAAAUAGUAAUUUAUCAUCAAAUAGUAGUAAUGGUGGUAAUCAUUCAAAUAAAUCAUCAUCAAUUGAUGCAACAGCAACAGCAGCAACAAAUAUGACAUCAUUACAUUCAACAAUGAAUGGUAUAAUGAAUAAUUCAUAUAUACAACAUCAACUUGAACAACAUCAUCAACAACAACAACAACAACAACAACAGCAACAACAACAAAGACAUCAAUUAAAUGGUUUAAAUCAUAAUCAAACAACAUUAGAUGAUCAUUGUACAAAAAUGUUGGAUAAUAAUAAUCAACAUUUACAUCAACAACAGCAACAUCAUUCGCAUCAACAACAACAACAUCCGCAUCAUCAUCAAUUACAUCAUCAUCAUCAACAACAACAACAACAGCAGCAACAGCAACAACAUUUACAUCAUCAACAACAACAACAACAACAUCAUAAUCAUCAUAAUAAUACUAUAAAUGAUCAUAUGAAUUUAUAUGGUCAACAAGGUGUUAUUGGUGGUGGUGGUAAUGGUCAUCGUAAUACAUUAACCGAUCCAAAUUUAUUACAUCAAACAAGUAUGUUUUUUACAACCACAGGUCAAUUAAAAGAUCCCACACAUUAUUUUGGUCAACGUGAACAUAAUCCAUUUUCAAUACAAAGUUUAAUAUCAGGUGAAGCUAAUAUGAAAGCUGAUAUGAAAUUAUAUGAAAUGCAAUGUAAUGCAUAUAAUAAUAAUCAAUCAAAUCAAACAAAUAAUCAAAGUCCAUUAUCACCAAUGACACCAUCAUCAACAACAACAAUGGCAAAUGAUUCGGCUGCAUAUUAUCAUCAUGCUGCUGCUGCUGCUGUUGCACAUCCAUCAUUAUAUCAUUCAUCAUAGACAAAACCAGAAAAAAAACAACCGAAAACACCACGAAAAACAACCUUAAACAAAACCCAAAUCCUCAUUUAUUUCAUCACAAAAGAAACUGGAAUAAUGGAAUCUCAAUUCUGUAACAUAUAAAAAACAUCCAUUUUUUUAAAUGAUAAUCAA